GCCCAGAGGGUGAGUGCCAUUUGUGGAUUGGGAAAGGGUUAAAGAGUUGCCAUUUGUUGUUGCUGCUGCUGUGCCUCUGUCCCUUCUCGGGGUUUUCGCUGCAGCACCAGGGCCCGAAGCGUUUCGACCUCCUUCGUGCUGGUGCUGGUGUUGGAGUAUUUGCCUUCUGCACACCCCAGCCCCCCGAAUUCCUAGAGAAAGGAUUAUUGGCAUCAAGCCAUUUCUCCCCUGGCGGAACUCGCAGCGACCAUUGCAUUAGAGUUGAUGUAAAAAUAGUGCGAGCAACUGAGAGGCUCUGGUGUUGGAGGGGUUCGGGAGCAUUGCUUCUUUAUGCUGCAUUCUCUUUCUCUCAAACUUGCACAAGUAACCUAAGCUCGAACUCUUCACUUCGAAAUAUAAUCUUUACACGAAUUCUCUGGAGGUGGAAAGAUACCUGGAACUAGUUUUUUUUCCCUUUUGUAAGGGGGAGUAAAUGUAUUUGGUUCCAGUGGAACAGAUCGCUGUUUCUAGCAGGAAUACCGCCAGCGAACCAAGUUUACCCGUGCUUCGUACGACUAAAAAUAAUAUCGCCAGUGACUCCGGUCGAUGGUUGACGCUGUGUGUGGAGCCGGUAACUCUGGCUACGAUGCGAGAUCUUCUGUACGUCUGAUCAAAAUGGAGUAUAAUCUGGGGUUCUGGAAGUCCAUCAGUAAUGGCUUCAGUUCACAAGACGUAUUCCAUGAUGUUGCAACAUCUGUCUCCCCCACCUUCACCCAUCAUUUUGCAUACCGUCGGGAAUCUGAGGAGGGCAAAUUGGCAGAUGCCAACAAAGCAGGAGGCACUAUACGGGUUUACUUGCCAAACAAGCAACGCACAGUGGUGAGUGUGCGACCGGGUAUGACUGUACAAGACAGUCUCAAAAAGGCUUUGAAAGUCCGUGGUCUUCAGCCAGAUUGCUGUGCAGUCUUCAGGCUCCCACAAGGAUGCUCGAAGUACCGCAUUGAUUGGACCACUGAUGCAACUUCCUUGAUUGGUGAAGAGCUGCUGGUUGAGGUCCUGGAUCAUCUUCCCUUAACUACUCACAACUUUGUUCGGAAAACCUUUUUGAAGUUGGCGUUCUGUGAUAUCUGUCAGAAAUUCCUAUUGAAUGGGUUUCGGUGUCAGACCUGUGGUUACAAGUUCCACGAGCAUUGUAGCACCAAAAUCCCCACCAUGUGUAUCGACUGGAAUAAUGUUAGAGCUUAUCAAGCUGGCACACCAUACACCAGACUCUUCUCAUCCUCUAACAGUGAUGGAGUUGUGCCUUCUAUUACUCAAAUGACCACACGACGAGUUCGUGAGUCUCUUUCGCGACUUCCUGAGAACUUGCAGUACAGGUAUUCCAGUUCUCAUGCCUUCAACUGUCCCAUGCCUUUCUCGUCUACAGAAGGACAGCUCUGCCAGCGGCAAAGGUCUUCAUCUACGCCCAAUGUCCAUAUGUCCAGCACCAAUAUGCCGAUUGAUAACAGUAUUAUUGAGGAUGCAAUAAGAAGUCACACUCCAAGAACUCCUUCAUCAGCACUGUCAAACAGUCCACCCAGCUCAAGCCCAACACGUGAUUCUAAACAGAAGUCUCCUGUUCAAACUCACAGAGACAGAAGACCAUCAGCAACAUCUGAAGGAACAAAGAAGAUACGACCUCGGGUUCAACGGGAUUCCAGUUACUACUGGGAAAUAAAAGGGGAGGAAGUUGUAUUAUUGAAGAGAAUAGGCUCUGGAUCUUUUGGAACUGUAUUUAAAGGAAAAUGGCAUGGUGAUGUAGCUGUGAAGAUUCUAAAGGUGACUGAUCCAACCCCAGAACAACUCCAGGCUUUUCGGAAUGAAGUUCAGGUUCUAAGGAAAACACGGCACGUAAACAUCUUAUUAUUUAUGGGCUACAUGACAAAGUUUAACCUGGCUAUUGUUACCCAGUGGUGUGAAGGCAGCAGCCUCUACCAACACUUGCACGUCCAGGAAGUCAAGCUGGAGAUGUUUCAGCUGAUUGACAUUGCCCGUCAGGCAGCCCAAGGAAUGGAUUACUUACAUGCAAAGAACAUCAUCCACAGAGACAUGAAGUCAAACAAUAUAUUUCUUCAUGAAGGCCUCACUGUGAAGAUUGGAGAUUUUGGUUUAGCAACUGUGAAAUCACGAUGGAGUGGCUCUCAACAAGUAGGGCAACCAACAGGAUCCAUUCUUUGGAUGGCGCCAGAGGUCAUCCGAAUGGAGGAAAUUAAUCCGUACAGUUUUCAAUCUGAUGUCUAUUCAUAUGGCAUUGUGCUGUUUGAGCUAAUGACAGGAGAGCUGCCAUACUCUCACAUAAACAACCGAGAUCAGAUUAUUUUCAUGGUGGGCAGAGGGUUUUUAACACCCGACCUCAGUAAACUCUACAAAAAUUGCCCAAAAGCAAUGAAGAGACUUGUAGCAAACUGUGUGAACAGGAACAAGGAUGACCGACCUCUCUUUCCUCAGAUUUUAUCUUCUGUUGAAUUAUUACAACAUUCAUUACCCAAAAUCCAUCGUAGUGCUUCAGAACCCUCUCUACAUCGGGCUGCACACACAGAGGACUUAAAUCCUUUAACCUUAACAUCAACGAGAUUGGUUGCUUGCUAACGAUCUUCAGUUGAGAGCAUUGCAGAAAGCUGUGCGAUUAUGUUUUUGUUUGGGUGGUGGAGACAACCGGAUAAUUUGCUGCAUCUGAUCACAAGCAAUCAAUCCUGAAAGCCGCUACUGAUCAGAUUUAAUGUUAUAACUAAAAAAAGGUAACAGUCCAUCCAUUUUACCAAGUGUCUGGAUGCCUGGUAAAUUUCACAAGGCCUUUUCCGGAAAUUGUCAAACAAUUGACUCAACAUGGACUUUGCUGUGGCAGUUGUCUCCUACCUACCACCUGCCUUCCAUUGCUUACCUCAGGCUUCAGACUGUGUGCACUGGCACAAAAUAGCUGAAAAUAAGAUGGAUACCUGUUGACAAUAAUAUAGCCUGCUACAAGAAUGUCCUUAACAAAGACAUCAUUUCUGCAGAAAAAGUACCUGUUUAAUUGAGUUAGUAAGUGCAGAGGAUAAUGGUGAACUAUUCUGGUAAACUGUGAUGCAAUAUGUGUGAAGUGAUCAUAAAUAAUUGUUUGUUUUGUUUUUUUUUUGCUAAUGAGUGGUGAUUACAUGGUAUUUCAUUGGAUAUCUGAAAAUUUGUUGCCAGUCCCAUGUAUUGUAAUAAGUUAAAGUUUGCAUACAAUUCUGUACAAUGUUUUUGGUUUGCCAAUUCAGAAUAUUAGAUAACCUGCUAAGUUCUGUAAUUAUUUUCUGAUGCAUCAAAACCCCAACCAAGCAUAAGAUGUACUAUUGAGGUACUAUUAAACAAAUAUCCAAUAGAAAACAGGAGGGUACUACAUUUAUUUGUAUUUGUUUCCCUUUUCAGUAAUUCAUAAGGGAGCAAAGCAAGAAGGUUUAAAAUUGUGUGCUAUUCCUAUGUUUAACAAAACCACUUAUUUUUAUAAUUUAUUUCUCUAAACUUAGGUAGCUUUCUUGCCACCUGUACUCUUUGAAGGAGCACAGAUUAUUUUUUUAUUUAGUGUGGUAACAGGCCCUUCCGGCCCAACGAGUCCACGCUGCCCAUUUUAAACCCAAAUUAACCUACCCGUAUGUCUUUGCAAUGUGGGAGGAAACCCACGCAGACAUGGGAGAACGUACAGAUUAGCCAUUGAUUUCCAUGUACGCAUUCUAGGAGGGUGUGAAGAAGGAGGUGGUAGCAGAGCUGGUUCAAUUAGAAAUAAUCAGCAAACUGACCAUUUAAAGAUUUUCUUGGAGAGAGAGAGAGAGAACAGGUUAUAUUGUAAGAAAAGUAGGAUUGUUGCUAAACAGUAAGGAAUAAAACAUUCUGUGGAAUAAGACAAAGAAGUUCAAAUGCAGUAUAGUGGUUUGAUAGGGCUAUUACUGAGAUAGCUGCAAACUGGACAGGAUUGGUAAUUAAAUAUUUCAAGAUGUGGCUUUGGUCUUUUUUUCCUCUUUCCACUUCCAAUCUUAUUGACCCAAAUUACUCAAAACACUAGUAAAGGUGUAGGGAGGGGAAAGAAGUCAGUAGAAACUCAGGUUAUAAAUAUUGGAAAGAAAGAAUUUGAAAUACCUACUGAUUUCUAGAUAGUACCAAUGCAGUGGCAGAAUAGUUCUGAGAUUAGAACGGCAUGUAGUAAAAGCAGAGUUGUUUUUAGUUGAUGACGAUACCAUGGUGAAAAGGGUGACAAAUUUACUACCUUUCAACUGCGCUUACUGUAUUCAAAAUAAUCAUCUGGAAUAAUAUUUUGAUCUAACAAGACAGCAGCUUUACUAGAUUUGGAAAUGUGCCAAUUCUUGUAAUUGAUCUAUAAUGGAAUUAUUUUGAAAAGGUG